GUACGUGCGAGUGUGCGACCGCCGUUGUACCGUAUAUUUAUUAUUAUUAUUUUCUUCGCUGCCGCCGCCGUUCCCCUCCGCUUGUAAUUUCGUUCGAAAACCACUGCCGCCGCCCGUGUGCGUGUCGCGUUAUAUCGAAGCAGUAGAGUUGUAUGCGCAGUGCGCGUCCCGCCGUUGUUAUUAUCAAUAUUACAUGUUUUUUGGUUCGUCCGUGCGUAGAGUUUCCGCGAUUUUCCGAGUGUUUAAAUAUUAUCGCGCUGUUAGCUUAAAACGCGACGAUACAUCCAAAUCCGCCGCCGCCGCUCCGAUGAUGUGCAGGUGAACAGUGUCCGCGUGCGUGUCGCCCGUCGCGAGUGCUACAUAAUAUUAUUAUUAAUAACAAUAUAAACGCGACAGCUCUGAUCCGGUGUCGCGCGAGUGACCGUGUUUUCUGUUCGUGUGCUAGUGACGCAGUUUUUGUUCCUCUGGGUUAUGGCCCCCGGGGGCCGCACGACCCGUUGCGUUAUCGUAGCCGCGGGCGUGUAAGUGCAAGUGUUGAGAUGAUGACCGUCUACCGAGAUCGCGGUACCGCCUGCAAACGUUGUUGAUCAUAGACACCCUGCGAUAAAAAGUUACUAUGAAUCCUGAAAUGACUAUGGCCAUGAAAAGGCACGAAGAACGGGAGGCUCUGAGGAGCGUUAUUCAACAAUGGAAUGCUAAUCGACUGGAUCUAUUUGAACUUUCUGAACCAAAUGAGGAAUUGCUUUUCCACGGUGUAAUGAGGUUUUACUUCCAAGAACCCGGUACAGGCCAAAAAGUUGCUACCAAGUGCAUUCGUGUUGCAUCAGACGCAACGUCACAAGCAGUUAUUGAAACCCUUAUUGAAAAAUUUCGCCCUGAUAUGAGGAUGUUGUCUGUUCCAGAAUAUGCUUUAUACGAAAUACACGAAAACGGAGAUGAAAGAAAACUAGGCGUCGAUGAAAAACCAUUGUUAGUACAGUUGAACUGGCAUAAAGACGAUCGUGAAGGCAGAUUCUUAUUACGCCGAAUAGAUGAAAAAACAAAUAUGCCUGCUGGAACGUUCCAAGAAGCGGGUUCUAGUUUUAAGCGAAAACUAUCAAAACGAGAAAAGAAACAGUUGAAAAAACAAGAAAAACUCAAUCGCGCUAAAAGCCAUGGUUUAAGCCCAAAUGAUGAGAAUGAUGCCGGUGUUGCCGAAAAACUAUACACAGAGUUACCAGAAACAAGUUUCACUCGAUCAAUUUCUAAUCCAGAAGCAGUUAUGCGACGCCGACGUCAACAAAAAUUAGAAAGAAAAUUACAAGCAUUUCGAAGUAAAGAUGGUGGUCCUGAUACAGGUGGUACUCUCAAAAUUUAUGGUGAAUCUCUUUGUAGAGAUGUGCCAUAUAAAACUCUAUUAUUGUCAAUUAGAGAUACUGCCCAACAAGUUGUUAAAGAAAUGUUAGCUAAAUAUGGUCUGGAUAAAAUGGAUCCUCAUAAUUUUUGUCUUGUUCAGGUAAACAAUGCAAUUGCAUUAAAUGAAAAUAACUCUGGAUUAAAUAACGGAGUUUCAGAAAAUAAGGAAAUACUCAACAACAACAAUAGGGAAUAUAUACUUGAUGACGAUGAGUGUCCAUUAGCUAUUUUAAUGAAUCAUCCACAAACUAGAGGUUCGAUCAUGUUUCAUGUACGACGGAGGCCGGCCGAUUACCAUCCUAGAAAACGAAAAAAGAAACCAACACACAAGUGGAACCAACCAAACAGCACCAGUGAAAUGUUGGAAUACCGGUACGAAGAUGGAUUGGAUAGAUUGCCGUUCUUUUUAGAGCUCAAUGCUGACGGUAUGGAAAUGGUGAAUCCCAAACGGUACCGAAUUCAUCCCAACGUGACGGAAGUGGGUUGUGAAAGACAGAAUCAACCACCGAGUAAUGCUCAAUGUCUUCAAUUGAACGGUCCCAACAUCCAACCCCGGCAUUGUGUAAUCGCGCACACUGAGGGGAUCGUCACCGUGACACCUUGUAGCAGGGACGCAGAGACGUAUGUCGGCGGGCAACGGAUAUUCGAAACUACUAUACUUCAGAACGGGUCAAUUGUGAAAUUCGGACGACUGAACAAUCUUAGGUUUUUGGACCCGUGUUAUGACGAACGGCCGCGGCCUCGUAACAAUUCGCUUAGAAACGUUCAAGACUACUAUGACAGUGGGUCGGUAGACAACACCCAGCACUCAACUGUUAUGCAACAAAACUUUGAGACAACUUUUGACGUGGACGGUAAUAUUGAAACACGCUCCACUUCUAGCCAAGGGAAUAAGGACGAUACUAGAUCGCAGAGAUCUAUCACGAGCAGCCGCGAUGGCAAUCGAUUGUCCGCUGUGUACGGCCGCACCAGCACUGCCCCGGUAGCAGACAACAUUUUACCCUGCGUCCUGGAAGUGCGGGAAGAGACUGAAGAAGCGUGGAUCCAUGCGGUCACCAUGGACGUUGAUCCGUCGACGUUGACGUUCAAACACGCUCCCGCUUACUGUCUAUACCUAUUAGCUAGGUAUAGGGCGUCGACUUCGUACCGACCCGACGUCACACCAAUGGAACGAGCCAAUCGUUUAUCAUUGACUUUCGCUAAAGUCGCCACUAUACUCUAUACUAUGAUACAGGGAAAACAAAAUGAUUUGACUUUACUGUCAUUUUGGCUCGCAAUUGUUACUGAAUUACGACAAUUUUUACACAGCGAUCGCCAUUUGUCCAAUUUUUUGACAGAGACCAUUGAAAUGCUCCACGACACCCAGCAAGCGGCCAUGCGAUUUAUCGUUGAGUGUAUACUGGAAGAACUGAUGUCAGUGUUGCCCGACAUUUUUGCAGAUAACACGGACGCCGAUAAUGAACAUUUACCCGCUAAUUCGAUCGUCAGUAAGCUUGGUACGAUGAUGACCACACUUCGCGAAGGCCGCGUUAAUGCGUCUCUGACCAUCCAAAUCUACAACCAAGUAUUUAGGUUCAUCAACGCUUGGGCGUUUAACCGCCUGAUCACCGCCGACACAAGUUACUACACGCGCGCAUGGGGAGCGCGUUUGAAGUCUCGAAUAGGACGUCUGCAGGCGUGGGCCGAAAGACAGGGUUUAGAAGUUUCCGCCGACUGUCAGUUGGCGUUGAUUUCUCAAGCUGCGGAUUUGCUACACGCGCCAAAAUACACUGGCGAAGAUUUGGCAAGCAUCACUUCCACGUGUUUCAAGCUUAAUUCCCUCCAGCUCAAAGCCCUAUUGGUUAAAUACCAACCAGCACCUGACGAACCAAGACUGCCUCAUGAACUCAUCGACAAUGUUGUUCGGGUUGCCGAAAACUUGGCCGAUGAACUAGCCCGAUCAGAUGGCCGCGAAAUACGACUGGAGGAAGAAGACGAACUCAUGAUCACGUUUGUACAGCCCGAAGAAGGGUUCAGCUACGAGGUGGCUAGAGGUGUCCCCCCGGGUCUCAUCGAAUUUAUUCAACCUCUCCAGCAAGCUGGUAUGUGUCGCCUGACACUUCACUCAAACGCGUCUGGACUGUGGACCGUCUACUUUUUACCAAACGCCCGAAGUCCUAGUGCGUUAAGUAAUAGGAGUGGUGGUUAUGCCAUGCAAGCACCUGAACCGGACGUACAAACAAUACGGUUGCACAAGUCCAACAACGGAAUGGGCUUGAGCAUUGUGGCGGCAAAGGGGGCUGGUCAAGAACGAUUAGGAAUUUACAUAAAAUCCGUAGUGAAAGGAGGCGCUGCGGACGCGGAUGGAAGACUUCAGGCGGGCGAUCAACUGUUAAAAGUUGACGGACAAAGUCUUGUCGGCAUCACUCAAGAAAAGGCUGCGGAAUAUUUGGUGCGUACAGGACCGGUAGUGUCAUUAGAAGUAGCCAAACAAGGUGCUAUACACCAUGGUCUGGCUACGUUGCUUUCUCAGCCGUCUCCCGUCAUGACUAGAGAUUCCGUCCGUAGGGUAAGGCCAAUAUCUGAUUAUCAGCCCCGUGUGAAAGCGAAUAUUCCGCAAGGCAGUUUAUCGAUGCAUGACAUACACGAAUGUAGCGACGAAGAGGUGAUAACUACUUGGAUGACGGACAUACUAUCUUUAUCAGGUCCUCGUCGUAUGAGCGAACGGGACUUACCGUCUCGGGUGUUGAGCGAACAACAAAACAUCAACUCCAGAGGUCCACCACCUCACCAUCUGUCACAAAUUCAAAGUUCGAAGUCCGUCCCUUCUCUCCACAGCGUUGAAGGGGCUAGCACAGCCAUACCUCCCGUAGUCGGUAGACCACCAACUCAACACGAAGUAUUUAAUCCUGGAUACAAUCGCACUUCAACCACAUAUAAUCUUCAUCAACAAAACACACUUAGAUCUCGGUCUAGCCAAAAUCUAAAUGAUCCUCGUCCACACUCCCAAAUGGCUAUUCGUCAACCAUCUAAUCCAAAUCUCUUAAAUGGAAACUAUCAUCCAGAAAGAUCACCAUCUGUGCAUCCAAGUGUAUAUCAACCCCAACAGCAUCCUGCAUAUCAACAGCAUGUACAGCAACAGCUAUUGAUGCAACAACAAUAUAAUAGUCCUACUCCAGAAGUGACUAGUGAACGCUUUUAUCAAAACGUUAACCAAAUAUACAGAAAUCAAGACCAAAAUGGAUAUGGUCCAUCUGGAAAAUUGCCAAGUCCUCCUAACGAAAGAACUCCAAAUCAAUUGCAAAAGAGUUUCAGAGGAUCGCAAUCAUCGUUGCAAAGCAGACAAAGCUCAGAUGUGACACAACAUCUGAAAGACAGACCCACAUCGGCUUAUAUAUCUAAUAAGGAUACUUACAAUUUACAAAACCAAGGAAUGACAAUGCGUUCUCAAUCAUCACGGGAUAUGUUAAGACAGGAUGCAAAAUUGCAAGAGAUGACAGAAGAAGUUCGUAGACGUGAAAUGAGAUCUAGUGGAGUUAUGUCUCCUCACCAAUAUGCUACACAACAGAGACCACCACCUAAUCGUGCUCAGCCAUAUCACGGUUACCAGGAAGCCAAGCCUACCCCAUAUCUUGGAGAUCAAAUAAAACCACAACAAGAUAUAGUUCGUUCUCAACAAUUUAAUCAGCCAAUGAGAGCUACAAUUCCUGAGCCCAUGCCACCCGCCUACAGAGAAUCACCACCACCACCUCCUCCACCACCAACCUCGACUCACCCAUUGUACCAGACAAGUCCACCACGCAAUGAGCCUAACCGAUAUAUGGCGAGUGGGGGUGAACCACCUAGAGGAGGUUUCUAUCAGGCGCCUGCAGAGCCGUCUAAGCAAUACCCAUAUCAGGGAACUAAUCCGUGGCAAAGAGAAGAAAAAGAAAAAGAAGCAGAACGUAGGAGAGAAGCUGCUAGAAUGUGGCGCGAUCAACAAAUGAGCGAACUUGUAGCACUUGGACCAAACAGAACUGUUAGCCAAGAAGAACAGUUGCGAGCUCUAAGGUUAGAGAAGGAAUUUGAGCGUAGGGCUCAAGAAGAGGGAGAAGAUGAUGAUGAUGAUGAUCAAGAGGCAAAUGAAAGAGUUCAACAGUUGAUGCGAAGUGCCCAACAACAAAGUGAUAGGAGACCACCCGCAAAUACAGUUCGAACUCCAAACAAUAAUUUUAAUUACAUGAAUGGUUCGCAAAGAGGUCCACAACCUGUACCAUCUAAUGGAAUUAAUGAUGAAAAAGAACGGUUAAGAAGACUAAAAGAAAUGAAAACAAAACAAGUGGAAAUGGAAGCUAUGAGGGAAGCAGAAUUAAAACUUAAAAAAAAGGAAGAAGAACUUAAGUAUCAACAACAACAGCAACAGCUAUUAAAUCAAUCAUAUAAUAACAAUACGCCUAAUAGACUUAACCGCUCUGUGAAUCCACCCAAUAACUUAUCAUUGGAUAACUCUGGUUAUGGUUAUAACUUGGCUUCACAAGGAAGCUUACCAUCUCAACGAUUGGACAAUUUGCUGGGUGGUCCUAACAACAAUGACCCGCCACAGCCCCCUGAACGUGGCUCUUCAUAUGCUAUCAUGAGUCAAGUGGAUACUAAAGCAACUACACCUAGACCUCCAGUUCUCACAUCAACACCAAAUGGAGUAAUAACUACACCAAAUGCAAACACCACACCCAAACGUGUAUCAUUCCAAGAUCCUACAUCAAUGCCGCCCUCACCACCAUCCCCAACGUUGGAGAAAAUUAUGGAAGACCCUGAUAACUUCAUUGAUCAGGCCGAAACAAUGUUAGCAUCACCACGAAGUCCAGACAUUCAGUUUACCAGUGGUAAUACACCAGGUGUGAUUGGAUCACAAGAAGUAUACAGGGAUCCAAGACAGCGUUUACUAGCUGAGCAACAAAAACAACAAAUGUCUAAUAAAGCAGGUAGUACGGUGCCAGAAAAAUUAAGUUUUAAAGAGAAAAUGAAAAUGUUUGCCAUGGAAACUGGUGAAGAUGGUACGCCUAAAGAUAAAGUAAAAAUAUCUAAAGCUCAACGAGAGAUUGAUAACUUAGGAGCAUCAAGUACACCUUUGACUAACUAAAUAAUAAUAUUUGAACAAUAUUUUUAGAUAUGCACUUAAACAUCCCAUUAAAAUUUAGUAAUUUUUUUUUUUACAUAAAGGUUUACCGGAAUCUUAAUUAUUACAUUUAAGUAUUUCAUUUUUUUCUUUAAUCAUCAUCAUAUUAUAUUUAAUAAGUACAAGUCUUAAAUUUGUGAUUUAUUAUAGUUGAAUAUUAAACUAUAGUUUAUUUUCUAUUAUAUUGUAUUGUUAUAUUGUUGAGAGUAAUAGCGUUUAAAUUAUUAUCGUUGAAUAGUUGUACCAUCGUGUUUUAUUUUUUAAUUUUUGCUGCUUUAUAUGAAGUAUCACACUAUAUUUUUUCGAUUAUGAGUUUCGAACAAUUUCAAUAAUUAAAUUUGUUCACAAAUUAUUCAAGAUCUACUUAGAGCAAUACAUUGUAUACAAUAUAUUUAAGAAUUAAUAUUGUUAUCUAUACAAUCAAACAUUUCAUAUUAUUAUUAUUAUUAUGAUCAUUUUUAUUAUUACAUUUUUUUUUAUAUAUAAUUUUAAUUUAUUGUAAGCUCUUAGUUAAAUUUUUUUAUUUUGUUUUAAUAAAUUUAUUUGAGUUGAAAAAAAUAGUAAAGACAUUUAAAUAAAAAA